AUGCUCAUUCCACCUUAUCAGAAAUUUCUGAAGGAUGCUGUUCAGCAAAGAACCAGGGAAGCACAAGGGAUGGUAGUGUUGACUCGUGAGUGCAGUGCAAUCAUUCAGCGGAAGGUCAUCUCCGACAAAAAGGAAGAUCCGGGGAGUUUCACUUUGCCCUGCAUGUUGGGACCCCUAUCUUUCAAAAACAGCCUCUGCGAUCUAGGAUCAUCUGUCAGCCUCAUGCCUUUGUCUGUAGCAAAGAGACUGGGAUAUCACAAGUACCAAGCCUGCGGAAUCUCACUAGUCUUGGCAGAUAGAUCGAUAAGGUUACCAACUGGGAUGCUUGAAGACCUGCCUUUGAGGAUAGGGAAUGUAGAAAUCCCCACCGACUUCAUUGUGCUUGAGAUGGAUGAGGAACCAACAGAUCCAUUGAUUCUAGGAAGGCCAUUCCUAGCUACAGCAAGAGCAAUGAUAGAUGUCUGUGAAGGAACAAUUGAGCUAAACUUGGGAAAGGACCUAAGAUGA